AUUUGAGCCUUCUCCCUCGCCGUCCACAGCGGUCUUUGGUAACUUGUCAAACAUGGGGGCACGAGUCGUGCGUAUGUUCAGAAAUUUCAACCUAGAGAACCGGGUUUUCCGAGAAAUCUCCAAGGAAAAGCCGCAGGCAGCACCCCGACACACGGUCACCGUCCCGCCGCCGCCCGACACCUCCGGAGGUGAGUGUCCGAGCGUCCGCUGACAUGUUUGCCGGUAACCGUCCUCCGGUUGUGGGUCACACCGGGGUGAUCACUCUGUGAAUGAAGAGCCUGUUCAGAUUAAACCCCCUGAUCGUGAGCCUGUUGUUGUGUGUUUCAGCAGCGGAGACGGAGAGUUCAGUCCAGCAGAAGAACGACCCGCUGCUGAAGCUCCUUAAAUCGGUGUAUGUGGAGUCCACAGACCCGGCUGCUGCAGAGGUCAGACUGGGACACUCUCUUUGAGAACAUGUGCUGAAAUAGAUCUGAUCAGACAGGGUUUUUUUUUACUUUGGUUUCUAUCGAGAUUACAUGUUCAAGAAUACAGUUUAAUGCUGAAGAUAUUCCAGUAAUCUCUGCUCCUCCUCCUGCAGACAGCAGCUCAUGAGGCUGAGUCACUAGUGCGCACACAAUUGGAUAUGUCGGACAAAGGACAAACACACCUGAUCUGAGGAGCUAAAACACAGAAAUGGAGCUGUAAAUACUCCAUGUUCAUUUUAGGCAAUUUCCAAACAUUCAGUUUGAUCAAAGUGGGGUUGCAUAUGAAGGUUAAAGUUAUUUACUCUACAUUGUAGCCCCAGUUUUACUCUCACACACUAGGUCAUUGGCAGGUGACCGACCACCCUUAUGUUCCCCUUUGACUAUAUGGGAAACUCUUGUGUAUGUUGUGUAUACAGUAAGUUUAGAAAAGAAAGAAGCGCCAUAGGUUGGUCUGUAAUUCAAGAGAGCAGAUGUCUUGGACUAUAAAAGGGACACCGAGUUAGACAUCCCCUCGAGAGAUGAAUGUUGCCGACCUCUUGUUUCUCUAGUUAUACCAACUUUAAUGACGGCCGCACGAUAGCAAUACACAGCAGUCCGAGGAGCUAUAAACAAACCUCAACAAAAACGGCACUCUAUAGCCACAAAUAAUGCCCUGAACAGCACCUAACUUCAUCAACAGUACAUAUAGGGUCCCAGCCACAGCACUAGCCACCAAACAUCUUUUAACUUUGCCUGAUUUUUUUUUAGCAAAGAGACUAAACACAACUUACCCACUCUCUUCCAGCAGCCGCUUGUUUUCUUUCCUACCUAUUCCAAUCCAAUCCAAUCCGCUUUAUUUACUUAGCACAUUUUAAAAAACAUUUAAGUUUACCAAAGUGCUGCACGAUAAUCUUAAAAGAACAGACAAUGCAGAAAACAUUAAGAUGAAAUAAAUAAAAGCAGGUAAAAAACAUUUAAAAUGAAGUAAAAUAAAUGAAAUAACACAAAAAGAUAAAAGAAAUAAAAGUGAUCAAAGGAAAUGUCCCUUGACAAUGACUCCUGUGCUUUCUCUUUAUAUAAAUCUGAGGCUCAUUUCCGUUUGACCCCACCUUUUCUACAGACGUCAAAAGAGGAGACAACAGGUGUAGAAUCGGAGCGACGGCCCCUGAAGUUCAGUUUACCGGGGGAUCCGUUCAGCCUGGUGGAGCUCACAGACGUUCCUAAAGGAAAGCUGACCAUCGUCGAGGCCCUGAAGGCGCUCAACAGCCAUCAGAGGCAACCAGAGACGAUGACGCCGGACAGGAUCGCCAAAGAUUAUUCUCUGGAUUUAAAAGACACAAAAGCUCUGCUGCAGUUCUUUGUUCCCUUCCAGGUUGAGAUUAUACCGCCAAAGACCAAAGACACCAAGAAGUUAAAGGCAUCAUAGGACUGGAUAGAAGUAGCGUAGAAAAAUAUCAAGUUUUAUUUAUACAUUUCAAUAAAUUACUAUGGGAGAGUGUCAAGAUGAAGAGUUUUAUAUUCCAAGGUGACAUAUGAUUAAACAGUGAGGUGUUCACGGUUGGGUUGGUAAAAUGAGAUUUAAAUGGAAGUAAAUAAUCAAUAUCAUGUUGUGUUUAAAUGUGAUAUUCUAAAAAAAAAAAGAUACAUUUGGAAAAACAACAAUUUGAGUGAAAAUUAUAAAGGAUUUAACAGCAGUAACAUUAAAGACUCAAAUCAAUCAGGAGUCUCAGAGGUGUCAGCAAUGUGAAGAUUUUAUGCAGACAUGUAUGAGUAACAUCUGUUAACAGCAACCUUCAUGGUAGUCGAGCUCAGCCUACAGUCGUAUGGGCGAAUAUGUGAUCUGGACUGGACCUGAGCCUGCAGCCAGUUCUCUAAAAGUCGCAGCACCCCCCUCUGCUGGUCAGUUUUUGUCCUACACUGUGGAGUCUUCUCAAUCAAACCAGCUCUCUACCAGGUUUAUUUAUGCGACAGUAUACCACCUUUUUAAAAAAUGUAUGACCCUAUGAGGGUGAAAAGCAUUAAAAAGUGACACAGAAAGACUUGUUCACCUCACUUUGACCUGUGCACUGGCAAGUUAAAAUCAACACAAUGGAAUACCUCUCUGUGUUUUACUGUAAUGCUCGUCACACUGGUGUACCAGAUGUGUUUUUUUAGCUGAAAAGUAUGAGGUUCUUCUCAUACAUGGGAUUUUAUGUUGAAUAUGUUCAAGGCUUUUGUGGUUACAACUUAGCAUCUGACUAAGAUGCCAAGUUGCUCGUUAAGUUGCACCUGCUCGUUAAAAGAAACGCAGCACACCUGUUGGCUUAAUUACCAUCCAAGCUGCUAUCAUAGGCUCUUUCAUUUAAGCACAUCAGUUCAGAAAACCUGUGUUUUGAUGAGACAGAGCCAUUUAUCUUCAACAAAAUGCCAUGAAAGAUUUCAGCUUCAUUAUAUAAAGAUUGUCUGAGGUGAAUUCUGCCAAAAAAAUCCAUACACUCCUUUUUUAUAUUUUUUAACACCAAGUCAGGACUUGAGAAAUAUUUUCACAUUUGGCCUUUUUUUCUCAUCUGUAUCUGUGCGAGUUAUUGUCUGCUUAUGAAAGAGGAACCGAAUCAUUGCAUGUGUCAGGGAGGAGCUCCAGAUUACAUUGCAUUCAUUUCAGCCUGUUUUGCAGCAGAAGGACUCUGUGAGAACAUAUAAAAAAAACACUGCAUGUGUUAGUCAUUAAGACCCCAACAUAAGGUUUUUACCUCAGGUUUUAAAAUACUUGAUUAUUAUCAUUGGCUGUGUCCGAAAUGGAUCCCUAACCCCUAUAUAGGCAACUAUAUGGGGGUUAGUGCCACAUUGAGGGGUGUCCGAAACCUGAGUGAUCAAUUCCAAUGCUCCAUAUAGGCAACUAACUAUUUCCCAUAGAGCACUGCAAAAUGUAGUGACCAUCCAGUGGUCACUCACCGGUGGUGGGCAUCCCGUUGUGCUUUGCUUCUUGCCAUGUAGUGUCCGAAACCUCCGGUAAUUGAGCUCACUACAUUGUCAACUAUAUAGUGAAACCCCAUAUGGGGGUUAGGGGUUAGGGAUUGAGUGAUUCAUUUCGGACAUGGCCAUUAUCUACAGCUGUGCUCUUCCUCACUGUGGCAUGUCAAAAUGUCUCCCUCACAUAGUUCUUUUUAAAGAGACUGAGUGUCAAAUAUUUUGUGUGAAAUGACAGAGAUGUUUGUGAAAUUGCAGACAUUCAUCUUGUUUUCCUCAUCAGUUUGAGGUCAAAAGAGUGUUUCUUAAAAUAUAUGGUGAAGGAGCCUGUAUCUACAGUAAAGGGUCAGGGUUACCAGAAAAAUAUGUUAUUAUAAAGGUCAGAUUUUUCUCUCAGAUUCUGACUUUAAUCUUGAAAAUAUGAGUAUAAGGUCAGAAUUCUGAGACUAAAAUCAGGAUUUUGACUUUAAUCUAAAUUGAAUUAAUCUCAGGAUUUUGAGAUAUAAAUCAGAAUUCUGUCUUUAAUCUUGAAAUUCUAAGAUAAUAGUCAAAAAUUCAUACUUGAUCUCAAAAUUCUGGGGUUAAAUAUAGAAUACUGACAUAGAUUUCAGAUCAGAUGGUUCUGAUAUUAAUUUACUUUAUUUUCAAAAUUCAGACUUAGAAUUAUGGGAUCCAAAUCAAUAUUUUUUUAAAAUCUCAAUUCUGAAAAUGUAAUCAACAGAAUCAAAAACCUUUUUAAAAAGAAGUUUAAUUUUUUUUCAUAAACCCCUCAUCCUCCUGCAAAUGUAUUACUCGUGUACAUGUGCACAGAUGAGACACCUAGAUCACAUACUUUGAUUUGAAAAGAAUAAUUUGUGUUUUAAGAUAUUAAGGUGUGUAUUUUAUGUGAGUGAAUUCCUGUCAUGUCAUUCUUUUUAUGUGGAAAGUUAAAUUUUUAUUCAGCUUCCAGAAAAAUUCAGUUUCCUAGAAAUAUGAGGAUUAGGGGUGAACAAAUCUGAAUUUGCCGCACAUACGCACACUUUUUCCAAAUAAAAACUUAUUUUGUGUCUUAUCUUA